UUCAGGUAGAAAAUAAAUCAUUCAAAAAAUACGGAUGAAUUGAAAUCAAUCCCCCAGUAAUCGUAAACAUAUCCGGUGACCACUCUACUGCAUGGCGUAUAUUAACUUGGCUUUUUGUUCCCGUGAGGGACACUUACGCAUCCCAACCACCAUCACAGCCAAACAAUACGCGAGAAACACCGGCUGGGCUGCGACGAUCUUCGGGACGCGAGCGCCAUCGAUACCCGCUGAAAAAAUAACUCCCAGCAGGGAAGACUAGGCUCGAUGCAGUGGCACCACCCAGCGAUGUGAUUAGUGCUUAUGCAGCGGAACCGCGGGUGGCCGGCUGGACCCUUGGCCAUAAAGAAACCUAAGAAAAAAGAAGUGUAAUUAGUUCCAUGUCUGCAUCGUUCUAGAUUGGUGUAGAGCAUCGGCGACUUUUACCUUUGCCCGCGGACAGGCAUCCUUCUUACAUAUAGACGGACCACCCCCCGAGUCGUGAUCCAUCUCUCUGCUCACCACCACCGCAACAAUGAAGACAUCAUCGGCUCUCCUUCUCGGUCUCGCGACUGCGCCUGUCGCCCUCGCCAAGCGCAGUGACAGCGCUCCCGUCGCUAACCACGAGCGCGCCGGACAGAUCCGCGCUGCCUUCCAGUCCGCCUGGGGCAAGUACAGCGCCAAUGCCUUUGGCCACGAUACCUGGGGCCCUGUGUCGAAUACGGCCCAGGAUAACAACGACCAAUGGGGCGUGACGGCAUUCGAUGCCCUGUCCACGGCCAUCAUCAUGAACGACGAAGACAUUGUCAACCAGAUCCUUGACUAUAUCCCCUCAAUCAACUUCACCACGACUCCACGCAAAUUCGACGGCGUCAACCUCGUCGAGACCACUGGCCGCUACCUCGGUGCGCUGCUCUCCUCGUACGAUCUGCUCAAGGGUCCCUACUCCCGCCUCGCGCACAACGCCAGCAAUGUCGAUGCCCUCCUCAAGCAGGCCGAAACACUGGGUUCGUCACUUGCCUUCGCCUUCCAGACAGCCAGCGGCGUACCCCAACCAAACCUCAUGCUCAACCCUACACCACAAUAUGGCAACAACCGCUUUGGUGUCAUCAACCUUAACGAGGCGGGUGGUCUGAUUCUCGAGUGGACGCGCCUUGCCGAUCUCACCGGCAACAAGACGUACGCCGACCUCGCUGCCGCCUGCGAGAAGCAUCUGCUCUACCCUGAGGGCGUGUACCAGGCGUACCCGGGCAUGGUGGGCAACCAGCUGAGCGUGGGCGACGGCCACUUCCAGCGCCCAUACGGCGGCUGGGGCGUUAACUCGGACGUCUACUACGAGUACCUCAUCAAGAUGUACAUGUACGAUCCUGCGACGUUUGCGUACAACAAGGAGCGCUGGGUAGCCGCCGCCAACUCUACCAUCACCCACCUCGCCUCGCACCCCAAGGUCCGCCCCGACCUAACCUUUUUGGCGGGUGUUAUUGCCGGCGGAGGCCAAGUCUCCGAGACCAGCGACCAUCUUGCUGCCUUUGCUGGCGGCAGCUUCAUUCUGGGUGGCCUUCUUCUCAAGGAGCAGGCAUACGUCGACUUUGGUUUGCAGCUUGCCGAGUCGUACUUCCAAGUCUACAACCAGACAGCGUCCGGUAUUGCUCCCGAGCACUGGAACUGGGUCGCCGGCGACUUUACACAAUACGACAGACCUCCUCCUGAACAGGAAGCGUUUUACAACCGCACCGGCUUCUGGGACACCGACUCGCACUACCCGCUGCGCCCCGAGGUCAUUGAGAGCCUGUAUUAUGCGUACCGCGCUACCGGUGAUGUCAAGUACCAGGAUCACGCGUGGCAGGCCUGGGAAUCGAUUAACAAGGCCUGUGGAAUCAAUGGCGGCUUCAGCGGUAUUAAGAAUGUGUCGGUGGCUGAUGGCGGCGACAAGGACGACAUUCAGCAGGGCUUCUUCUUGGGCGAGACGCUCAAGUAUCUGUAUCUGAUUAACGCGGACGACCAGGAUGUCCAGCUGAAGCAGGAUGGUGGCGACUACGUGUUGAAUACCAAGGCGCAUCCUCUCAAGAUUCGGGAGCAGUGAAAGAGGGGAUGACCUGUAUGUGGAAAUUGCCAUGGUAACGGUAAAUAGAAAAGGGCAGAGUAGUGUAAGGUAUAAACCUGGUCUAUAUAUAAAUAUAUACAACCUUAGC